AUGUCAAACUGCGUUGACGGUCCCACCUUUGUCGAACAAGUUCUUAUUCGAAUCAUCGAUCAAAAUGCGACAUCCCCAGAUAAAAAAGUGUGGGAAGGAUGUAUAUCUGCUGUCACCCCUCUGGGAGAGAUUUUCGAUAGAUGGGUGCAAGAAAAACAUCCUGGUAGUCAGAAUUUUUGGUAUCGAUUCACUCUUGGCUCCCCCGAUGGUCCAGUACUCAGUCGAGAUGAUACAAGCCAAGAGCUUGGUAUUCACACACUCACCACCAUUUACGCCAAGCUUUGGGCCAGGGGCGGUUGA